AUGGUGGACGCUGCUGGCAACAGGGGUAGGGUUACCCAGCUCAUGACCGUCGAUCAGACGGACGACGCCUCUUGUCUUAGCUGGCCCUCUACCGUCCCGCAUACGACCACUACUAGGAACGGGGCUCACCCCCCGUCCGGAUCGCCAUCCGUUACAAGGCCGGGACCCAACCGUUCGUCUUCCUCUUCUCGCUCGUCUACGACUUCCUCCCCUUCCUCGUCCUUGUCCACGAAGCCCACGUCUCUCUCGAGUGGGCAGAUAGCUGGGAUAGCUAUUGGCAGCAGCAUUGCAGCAUCACUUCUGAUUGUCUGCACGGUUGCUUUCGUCGCUUGGCAAGCAUACCGAUGCGGAAGAGAAGCACCAGGUAAUAAUGUCGUGGUCGUACAGAACAAAGAGGACGGCAAAUCGAAGCCCCCUCCGAAACAGGACGAAGAAGCAGUCAUCACAAUGCCCGUGCUACCGCCGAAGGACAACCCUCCGAGAAAUGCGAAUCUGGUUUAUAUUCCAAACAAGGGCGCGAUGGGUGUCCGACCCCCCUCAGUUCGCUCGUUGAAACACCCCGUACCGAAGCCACCCACGCCGAUGUCCAACCCUGCGCCGAUGCCCCAUACGCUGCCUCCUCCCAAAGCGGUGAAUGUUGCCCAUAAACGCCGGCGCGUCCGUGAGGGGAUUGUCAGACAACAUGUGGACCACAACAGGUACAUGCACACUCGUCCUGCCGGACCAGCACCCUAUCCGCCGAGGAUGCCGAACGGGGGACAUCCCCAUGGCCCAUUGGGUCUGGAGAUUCCCCCUCCCGGAGAGGAGGCAGCAAACGUGAGAGGUAGAGGCGUAUCGGCUUCAAUGGACGAGAGAUAUCCGUACCCCGCCCCGGUUCCGGGCCCUGGGGUCAUGAGGAACGAGAGAUAUCAGCGUGCAGGUCAAGUUCCUGACGGGCCACCACCCUUGGUACCACGCGCCCCCGCAGGAUCACAGGGGUUUGAGCGUCCGCCUCCCAACCGCCAGCGGAUGGCGGGUGGUGCAGCUAGGGUCGACCCGAGGCAUCUACGCCCCAAUCCUUUUCCACCGAGGUAA